ACCUAAGUCGAUGCUGUGAUUGAUACUCCCGAUAUCAUCAGAAGUCGAAUCCCAGUAUUGGACAUUGUAAUUCUUUGCUGAUUUAUAAUUGAAUUGACACCAAUCCUAUCGACUCCAAAUAUCAAGCAAACGAUCACAAAGUUCGGGACAAUCGCGACAAUGGCGGGAUUCAUCCAAAACAUCAUCUGGAACUCAGUCGAGGGCUUCGUCGACGCCGCGAAGAAGACAGGCGGCGAGUACGCAGGCAAUGCCCUGAUCAAAGCCGGCGAUGCCAUUGAGAACGGCGGCCGCAGUGUUGGGGGAGGCCUCGAAAAGGCAGCUACUGGUUACGGAUCCAAACUCUCGGGCCAGACCUACAAGCCCUCCUCGGCGUCAAAAGCGCUCCCGUCCACGGCCCGUAAACCAGCUAUCAAGCGGAGUAACUCGAUGCCUGCGAACACUAAACCAUCCGGCUCUCUUGCUGGUGGACGCUCAAUCGCCGGACCAACGAGUAACGUACCUAUCGGCGCAAAGAAGACCGUAGGCGGCGCAAAGAAAGCAGUUGGUGGUGUUACAGGAGGAGCCGGGCGGACCAUUGGAGGCGUCACCAACACAGCAACCCGAACCGUCGGCGGCGUAACAGGAGGAGCAACUCGAAGCCUCAACGGCGUAGGCAAGACAGCCAACGGCGCCCUGGGAGGCGCAACCCGCGGCAUCGACGGUCUCGCAGGCCUCACCGGCGGUGCAACCAAAUCCACAGGCAACCUUGUAGGCGGAGCGACCCGCGGCGGCGGCAACGUUGUCAGCAACGCGACCAAAGGCGUCGGCGGCAUCGUGAACGGCGCUUCCAAGCCCCUCACCAACAUUGGCGCAAACGCGCAGAAAGCGGUGCCCCGCGGCCUCCCCAAGCCCUUCGACAGCACCUCCGCGGGCUCAAGCUACUCGAACCCGUAUCCCGCCGCGAAGAAAACGGCAGUCAAGCCUGGGCAGAGUAAGCCCUUCACGCCACCUGCGCAGAACAAGCCCGAGCCGAAGCCGUACCCGGGGACGAACACGCUGCCGGGCCAGGGUUCGAAGACGCCUGUUAGGCGGACGUAUAAGCCUGCACAGAGGCUGGGAAGCCAGGUCGAGCCGGGGCAGAAGAUGACGCACAUUGGAGCGUUUUAGUUUCUGCUCGAUGAGAGAGAUAAAAGAAUUAUGCGUGUAUGAUAUAUUGGUGUUUUGAUGGCGUUUUAGCGGUUAUGAACAUAUGUAGAUACUUAUCUAGGUACAAUCGAUGGAUACCAGAGUACCUGCUUGAUGAGAUUGAAUGUGCAUGUAGGAACCAGGGUGAGGCCGAUCGACGAAUUUUCAACAGCCUGCCACGAGGAUGGUGAGAUGGAUGAAUGCCAGCAUGGGGAUCAACUUGGGCUAUUAGGUCCCGUUCAAAGUUUAACCACCCGCAAUCUACAAGACACAGGGUCUGUCUUAGGCUCUGAUUUGAGGCAAAGCGCGCCGGGCCGGUAUGUUGAUGAAUUUAACGCUGACCCCUCCUCAGCAAUCAU